AUGGCUACAUGUGUUGGCGGCAAUCUGAAUGUCAGUGGGGGUGGAAUGGACGUCCAUUCCAUUCAGGGCCGUAGUGGAUAUGAAAUACAACAUAUCCAAAUCAAAAGCGAUAAUUCCGCCGGGAAGGGGUUACAUUGUGGUGUCAAAGUCAAUGAGUUGAGACCCAGCAUCGACAUGGAACAUCAAUUAUUUAUCCACUGUGAAUCAUACCUCAUUAUCAUAUGCCGCCGGUGCAAGCACGCUGUGUGGCCAACAGAGAUUGAACGGCAUCUGAAAGGCAAGGCCCAUCAGCUAAAGCAUGCGGUGGUUCAGCAGAUAAAGGAGAACAUUGAACAGUGGGACAAUGUGGCUCGAGAUACUACACAGUUAACACUGCCCACAAUACUGAAUGAACCAAUCCCGGAACUACCCAUUCAAGAUGGCUACAGGUGCCAGCGGGAUCCCCAGUGCCAGUAUGUGGCAGGGAACAUGAACACCAUGCGCAAGCACUGGCAGAACAAGCACAGCUGGUCGCCAUAUCCCAGCCGUGGCCGUACAGCGCCACAAAAGCGUACGGCAGCACAGGAUGAGGUGGACAGAUCAUGCCAGAAGGUGCAGUUCCAGCAGAUAUUUGCAUCGCGCAAGGGCUCCCACUACAUACAGAUCCAGACUAAGGAGACUACUGAGCAUACCGGCACGCCAGACCAGAACAGAGCCAGCCAGGCCAUUGAUGAGCUGGAGCGGUUUUACCAGGAACAGCAACGGCAGACCAGCAAUGUCAUCCAGGCCGGGGAGCACGAUGAAGCCAACCCAUGGCUGCGGCGGACCAGAUGGCCGGUGUACUUGACCAACAUCGCACCCAAUGAUCUGGUCAACUGCGUCCAGCGGCCCGAGGAUGACACCACGUGCCCAGAUGAACUGGCCGCGAGGGCUAUCUGGGAGGCCAUGGGUCAGGUUGCCCGUACCAGCCAGCGAGUCAUCACACGGCUGGGCCACUUCGUCCGCAUCGAGGCCAUCCGCACAGAGCGACACCAGACCCGGCACACCCCGUUGCAGGCGUACAUGGACGAGGAGAGCAUCGCCGAGCACGUGAGGCCAUGGCAGCAGAUGUUGAUGUUUUUCGCCCGAACGCAGGUCGAGCAUGAAUGGACGAGCCCACAGUACCGGUUCACACCACGGCAGCGCAAGACAUGGAGGGUAUUAUGGCAGGUAGCCACCACAGAGGGAGCCGACCAGCGACACCCCAUCAGCCCAGACCCCAUGGAUGAGCAGAUGACUGAGGAAGAAGAAGAGGAGGAGGAGAAGGGACAGAGAGAUACUCAGCCAGAAGAAGAAGAUAAGUUCAAAUUAACCAAGAUGCAGAUGGCAUGUUUGGAUUUUUGCAUUGAGCUGCUGAACCAGCGGGUUCAGGUGGAGGAUUAUGAGUGCGCGCUGGUAGACGCGUUGGCGGUGCUGGGACGGGGGGAGUAUGGAUGGUGCGACGCGGAGAGCUACUCACCAAUGUUGUCACGGAUCAUCAAGGUGGCACGGUUCAUGGUGGUGCACAAGGCGCUGCGACUGGACGCCAAUGCAUCCGACAUUCUAUCCAACAGGUGGGGGUGGAAUGGACGUCCAUUCCAUUCAGGGUUAGAAAACCGACCAAUCAGAGCAGGGCAGAUUGGACGUACAUUCCAUUUGGUUUCAGACGUUGAACGUCUAAUCAACCACGGAGUCAAUUGA